AUGCGCCGCCGCAGCCGCCUGCCGACGCCGUCGAACGUGCGCAACAACAAGACGGCGCAAGAAGACGUGCCCAUCGAGGGCGCGCGGCUCGAGGCGCUACGCGCGCACGCCAAACGGUCCGUCGCGGCGUCGCACGCCGCCGCCGCCGCGCCACCGAAAGCGCCGUGGUCGGAAGCGGCGACCGCGUUGCUCUCCAUCUGCUUCUUCGUCGCGCUCUGCGUCAUGGGCUUCUGGCUCGAGGGCGACCUCGAAAGCGCCCGGAAGCGCCAGGCCGGCGACUGCGCGUUCGAGGAGGACGUGGCGGGCUACGUCUGGCCCGCGCUGACGCUGCCCGGCGAGGGCCUCAACGGGUGGCGGCCCAUCGUCGCGUCGGCGGCCGCCGUCGCGAAGCGCCUCGGCUACGGACUCGUGCUGCCGUGCGUCGCCGACAGCGAGCUCGCGUGUUGCGUCGACGCGUCCGCGCCCGCGGGCCCCUGGCUCUGCGGCGGCGACGACGAGGCGGCCGUGCCGCCGGCGCGCGACGUGCUGAUCUCCGUCGUCGAGCGCGCGGCGCCCGUCAAGGACCUGCGCGCGUACCUGGACGUCGCCGCGCUCGAGGCGUUCGUGGGGUCGCCCGUCGUGCCGCCGCGGUGCCUCGCGGCCGGCGCGGCGCCCCUCGCGCUCCUCGACGUCGGCGACGACCUGAUGCACGCGCGCGACCUGGACGUCGGCGACGGCGAGGCCCGGUGGCGCGCGCUCGCGGCGUCCGCGGACGACGACGCGACGCCCGUGCUCGUCGCGCGGCGGCGGCGCCGCGGCAUCUUCGCGCUCGGCGACUGGUGGCGGGCGGACCCGGCCCUAUCCGCCGCGCCCUUCCUCGCGCCGGCGGCGGCGCUGCGCGCGGCGCCGGCCGUCGCGGCCGCGGCCGCGCGGUUCCGCGCGCGCGCGCUCGGCGACGAGUUCGCGCGCUACGACGCGCUCCUCUGGCGCUCCGAGCUCCUCAAGACCGCCGAGGCCUGCCACGCCUGCGCCGAGAAGCUCAUCGCCGUCGCCGAGCUCCUGCGCGCCGCGGGCCGCCACGUCGUCCUCGUGACGGACGUCGCGGCCGACGCGGGCCGGCCGCUCUGGCGCGGCCACGCGCGCGUCAGGGCGCCGCCGGACGUCGCCGAGGCCAAGGCCCGGGCCCUCCAGCGGCUCCUCGACGCCGGCGUCGCCAAGUACGACGCCGUCCUCGACUGGGACGACCGCGGCGAGCUCGGCCUCGUCGAGCAGCAGCUCGCGCUCGACGCGGACGUCGCCUGGGCCCAGGCCGACGCGGCCACGGACCCGCCCUUCAAGGUCGGCAUCGGGCCCUGCGGCUGGCAGGGCCGCUUCAUCCGCACGGUGCUCGACGCGCGCGCGCACGACGGCCGGCCCGUCCGCUCCUGGUACGACCCGGAGCUCGUCCUCUGGCCGCCGAGUUGA